ACAUCCGCCUGCGCGUCCGGGCCGAGUUCACGGAGCACGAAUCCGCCCUUCGCCGGGGGGUGAUGUCGACGCGACCCCGCGGGCCGGGCCGCCAGCUGGACGUGUUUGGUCAGGCCAGUGGGGUCCUGAAGGCCCGAGAUUUGGGUUCCAUCUUGUGUGACAUCAAGUUCUCGGAGCUUUCUUACCUGGAUGCUUUUUGGGGGGACUAUCUGAACGGGUCCCUCCUGGAGGCCCUGAAAGGGGUGUUCCUGACCGAGGGGCUGCGCCGCGCCGUGGGUCGCGAGGACGUGAGGCUGUUGGUGAGCGUGGACCAGGAUGAUUAUGAAGCUGGGAGGAAACUGUUGUUGAGGGGGAGUCGGGAAGGUUGA